AUGGAGUGGCGUGUGCUGAGGACGAAGCAGGGCAAGCACCGACUAAGUGAGGCACGCGGCGUCAGACUGGAGUGGACGAAGGCAUACAAUUGCGGCGGCGAUUGGGCACACAGAGUGGAGAAUCAAGUGCAGGAGCUACUAGCCAUGGGGAGCUCUACCGAGCCAAGAAUUCUGAAACACUUGGCGCACUACGAGUUCCGCACCACCUUGGAGGGGGUGACGGGAGCGCGCCUGCAGGACGAGAUCAAGUGCCGAGCAGGCAGCUUGAUGAACGACCACGUCCCCGACGUAGCCAAACGCUUGGACGACAACCUGAAGAUAGACAUGAAGGUUGUGGGCAUUGGAGCCCGCAUAGCUAAAUACUUCAUGGAUUUCGACCGCAUUGUGGACUAA